ACGAUGGACGAUGCGAAGUUCAAGAAAAAAAAAAAAAAAUCGAAAUAGGCAACAAACAAAGGACUGCUGGUUAAGGGGGGCUAUCCUCUGAUCCACCAUAUCCAGCUACGGGGCGCUAGCAUAGCAUUGGCCACACACGACGCAAGUGACUCCCCCAUCGCAAGAACAGGACAACGACGACCAACCAUGGAUGAGAUGCUUCCCAGUUCAGGAGAGGAAUACUUGCGAAUGGUGAGAGCGCAGGCACGGUCAUGUCCCGCAGUCGUUGUAGCUCCAAAGGCACAAGAAUACCUCUCCGUCAAAAACACGUCGCUAAAGUACAGGACUGACUGGAAUUCAUGUCACCCAGCGCCAAAGGGUUGUGCUCCAACAGCCGAGUGGAGGGAAUGCUUCAUGGACGAGUUUAUGACCGCCCGUGCCAACUUCAAGGAGUACUCGCAGCGCCAGGGACGCCCAGAAAAACGGCGGAGGAUACAGACCAGUUCAUCCGUUGAGGAUCAGCAGGAUGGACAAUGCCGGAUAUCUACUCAUGAUGGCUCGAAUGAAACAUCUUCGACAUUACUGUCAACCGUCAACCCUGCAACUAUUACACUUCCACAAAUGUUCGACGAGCGAGGAUGGCGCACACUUUUGUAUGGAUCGAAUGUUGUAUCGAUGUCGGUACCAGGAUCCACUGCGGCAUCAACAACUACCACACUAUUGACAUCUACUCAAGAGUCUGAAGCAAUACAGGCAACGGAGUCAUCCACACUACGGAGCCCAGGACAGGGGAUGAUGCCCCAGCCUCGGUUUCUUAUGCGUCUCAAUCAAGGCCACUUGAUCCAGUUACUGAAGUAUCAUCUACGCUGGCUUGCAGAGGACGAUGUCUCCGAGCAGGAAGGACGGUGGAUGUACGCAUUAUUCCUGAAACUCGAUCCACUCGUGGAAUCCGACCAGACAUCCAUUCUCAGGAGUCUGGCCAAGAAAUGUGCACGUAUCCGAUCACAUCUCAACAGCGACUCAGGGAGCAAGCUUGCAACCAUCAACAUGGUCAUCACGAUCGUAGCUCGGCUAUUUGGCCAGAGUGACCUUGAGUGAAUCUCCUUCAAUUAAUAAAAAAGGGACAUGCCACAUGUUACAUGCAAC